AUCAGUUACCAUAACACCAAGCAACUUCUUAUUCUUUCUACUCAUCAACACCUUUUAUAACAACUUAAACCGAAUUUUGCUUUUGAUCCAUUCUAAACUUCUCCAUGUACUAACAAAAAUGUUCGUAGAGAUGUUUCAGCUUCUAUUCACAAUCGUGUCAAUCGAAGCCGUCCUGAUAUUAACACUCGGGUUCGGGACUCCAGCGAGAAGAGUGGUGGUGAAAUUGCUAGACCUAUCAAAGCAAGGUCGAGCACCACUGGUUGCGAAAACGGUCGCAGCCACAAUGCUUGUGUUGUUUGGCUCGGUUAUGUUCAGCACGAUUCAAAUACACACAAGGGUAUCUGACUCUGGAGGUGUAGCUAACUCGACCGAUCAAGUCAUGUUUGCGAAUUGCCUCCUCGAAGCUUUCCUCAUGGGGACUGUCUUGUUCUUGGCAAUGGUUAUAGACAGAAUGCAUUAUUACACAAGAGAGCUUCAAAUCACAAGAAGAAACUUGGAGAUUGCUGUAAAUAAGGGCAAAACCGGUGCUUAAAAGCAAAUGUUUUGGCAUCCAAAGACCAAUAAAAUCUGUAAAUAUGUGAAUGUUAAUACAUUAUGUCAUUAUCAGAAGAAAGUCAUUCUCGUGGUGACUUUAAUUUCAAAAUAAAAGUAAAUAAAAAAAUGAGAAAUCUCACUUUCAAUAUCACAAAUCAAUGUACACUACUAAUCAAUCGGUUCGGGAUUGAACCGGUUUAAAUUACGUUCGGUUUGGUUCAAUUACAGAAAAAUAUCCGAAGAGCGAGUGAACUCGUCGUUCUUCAUCACACGCACGAGUCGACUCAAAAACCUCUCUUAUCUUGAAAAAGGACUAAAACCCUGAGUGUCAGUGAGAGUAUGAACAAAUCUUCUUCGUUGUAUCUCUCUUUGGCACCAACAAAAAUGGUUUCCCUCUCUAAUCAAACCAGAUUCUCUUUCCACCCAAACAACCUUUUCCUUUCCGAGAAUAGGCGUCUGGGAAUCUCAGGAGUCAAUUUUCCCAGGAAAAUCAAUGUGAAAAUCACUUGCUUCGCCGCCGAGAGACCACGCCAGGAGAAACAGAAAAAGAAGAGUCAGAGCCAGAGCACUAGUGACGCUGAAGCUGGAGUCGACCCAGUUGGGUUUCUCACCAGACUGGGAAUUGCUGACAGAAUCUUUGCUCAAUUUCUCCGAGAAAGGCAUAAAGCUUUGAAAGACCUUAAAGAUGAGAUUCUCAAACGCCACUUCGAUUUCAGAGAUCUUGCUUCAGGAUUUGAGUUACUGGGGAUGCAUCGACAUAUGGAACACCGGGUUGACUUUAUGGACUGGGGUCCAGGUGCUCGUUAUGGUGCUAUAAUCGGAGAUUUCAACGGAUGGUCCCCUACAGAAAAUGCAGCCAGAGAGGGCCUAUUUGGCCAUGAUGAUUUUGGGUAUUGGUUCAUUAUUCUUGAGGAUAAGUUAAGAGAGGGUGAAGAACCAGACGAACUAUACUUUCAGCAGUAUAACUAUGUCGAUGACUAUGAUAAGGGUGAUAGUGGUGUAUCAGCUGAAGAAAUCUUCCAGAAAGCUAAUGAUGAGUAUUGGGAACCUGGUGAGGACCGGUUUAUUAAAAACCGCUUUGAAGUUCCUGCUAAACUAUACGAACAGAUGUUUGGCCCGAACAGUCCACAAACAUUAGAAGAGUUAGGAGAUAUACCAGAUGCAGAAACGAGAUAUAAACAGUGGAAAGAGGAGCAUAAAAAUGAUCCACCUAGUAAUCUACCUCCAUGCGACAUCAUUGAUAAAGGUCAAGGAAAGCCAUAUGAUAUUUUUAAUGUCGUGACAUCUCCAGAAUGGACAAAGAAAUUUUAUGAGAAAAAACCUCCAAUUCCAUAUUGGUUAGAGACACGUAAAGGAAGAAAGGCAUGGUUAAAAAAAUACAUUCCAGCUGUUCCACAUGGAAGCAAGUAUAGAUUGUAUUUCAAUACUCCUGAUGGACCGCUUGAACGAGUGCCUGCUUGGGCUACAUAUGUGCAACCAGGUAUGAUAGCAUCUGGUAUAUCUAUGGUUAGGAGUAGCAUAAGAAAUAUAACAAAUUGCAUAGCUUUCAUUAAUAAAAUGAAGCAAGCAUUCAGUUUUCCUUUUAUCUGAUGACACAUGCUUAGAAUUAUUUGCACGAAUUGAACAAAUGGAAGGAGUCUUUUCUAUUUUUUACUCUCUGCUUUUCAUGUCCAGAGUUACUAGAA